UGUGAACUCUGCGACCUUUUCUUCAGAUGGAAAGUUGCUCACCACUAGCUGCUCCGACGGUCACAUAUACACAUGGGACCUCACCGCUAUCGUCAACAAAGCUGAUGCUACACUACAACCAGCUCCAAAGAUGAACGGUGCUGCUCGAAUACCCACAGGUUUUUUUGAUGAUGCAAUCCGAGAGACUAAUUUGCGCAUUAAGCUAUCCCAAUCCCAUGGGCCCACUCUAGCACCGAGUCAAAGCACCCUCGGUCGCUUUUCCACCUUUUGGCGUCUCUUUAAGCCACACGGGGGAACUGAAUUAAACACGCAAUCCCGCCCCCGAUCUCUCAGCUGGAAUCGAAACCGAGUAUCUGGUAUACUACGCAGACGAGAUGGAUCGGACGUUCAGUUGCGAGAGGUCGAGGUCCCUUACACAGCGGGCAAGCCUAGGAACUAUCACGCAAGAAAGAAGAAGUCAGCUCCCAGCUCAUCUCGACCUUCCAAUGUUUGUACUGCGCAAAAGCCUAGCGGAGCAGCACAAAUCACAUCACCAUCAUUACAGCUACCACCUUCAACUACUACCUCGACACUUUCUGCUGUCCCUGGUACUGCUGGGGCAGGGGAAACAAUCUCACGUCCGCAUAUCACUAGUGCUGGAUGGCGCGUUCGCUUCGUGGGCUGGGUUUGCUGCAUACCUAUUCAGGGCGCAGACAGUCACCAUUAGAGGCGCAGUCACCACGGUACUGGCUCCUGGAACGACAUCGCGACGUGAUAUCACUUACACAGGGGGCCGUGACUCGUUUUUUUGCUCUGCAUUGGCUGUGCAUCUCUUGAGUACACACAACGAACCUCAGGGAAGAUCUUCGUGGUUCUUAUUCUUCAUUGGCAUUUUCUGUUCUCUGCUCUAGUUUCCCUAUGGCCAUCCUGCAUCAUCAUACUGUAUUUCCUGCAUCUUCCACUACCGUUUUCUUUUUUGACAGAGUCUUGAUUGUUGUCUUACGCAGACCUGCAGCACGCCUUAUAGUAUCGGACAUAGUAGGUACACAUCACAUAGUACGUUCAUGUGCUUGGAAUUCUUCUACACUCAGUACCUCAGUUCUUGUGUCGCUACUUGCGGCUCAAAUGAAUGAGUACCGCACUGUUCUCGCACCUGCGCAAGUGCUCUCACCAGUAUGUACCCGAAAGUCCAUCAC